AGUAGAGUGCACUGCUAGUUUAGAUCACAUUCGCUUAAAAUUGCUGUCGCUGUUAAGGUGCUUUCCACAGUCGUAAUUUGAGUUUAUACUUUGAUUUUACAAAAAUUAAACAAUUUUUUUGUUCAGAAGUUUGUUAUCUAUCAUCUCAUCAUGAAAAACAUUCUAAUGAGCCUCUUCGCUUUGCUGUUAACAGUCUUGGUUGUUCAAGCUGUACCCUAUUCAUAUUCGUAUAGUUCUACUAUAGUUGGAGAUGUCCGUAUUCAGACACUAAAUAAUGGUAGUCUUUACUGUGAUUCGAUGAUAUGUCCACAAGGAGCAUAUAAUUGUAAAGUAACUAAACAAAAUGAUCCAAAUAACUUUGAUGUAAUAGUAAGACGUCGAAGAUGUUACGAUUCAAAUGGUUCUGUUUUGGCCGAAGAAGAAAUAAAUGAACCAAAUCCAAACAAUGGCGGAAGAGUAAAUAUGGUCAUAACAUCAGGAGCUGGAGGAAAUUCAUAUAUUCAAGGUGGUGGCGGUGAAGUACAUCAAAUGACACCUGAAGAGCAACGAGAAUUUGAAGAAAGAAUGAGACGAACACAAGAAGAAAUCCAAAACCGAAUUUCUGAAUCAAUGAAUCAAUUAUAUUCGAAUUUGGGCCCCUUUUUAGAUGGAAGUUUUGCAACAAAUUUAAAUAAUCAAAUAAGAUCAAGUUUUCGUAAUGCAUUUUAUUAAAAAGUGUUGAAAAUUGUUUUGUAAAUGCACUUAUAAUCAUGUAUAUCUGUAACUAAUGAAUUUAAUUCAGAAAAAAAAAACAAAUUUUUUU